AUGCAUCUCAUCCUUUCGAUUCUACUAUUCCUUUCCUUGAGCUUCGAUGCAUUGGCUGCGCCAGCUCCCCGUCCGGCCCGGAAAAGCAGGUCUUUCCAGAUCGAACGUCUCAAGCGUAGUGACUACGUUCCUCACGGACCUACCGCAUUGCGCAAAGCGUUCCGCAAAUUCGGCAUUACGCCCGUUGAUUUCAGCAAUAUCACUCUAAACGACUUUGAGCCCUUCGACCUCAAGACUUCCGUGGUGAAUACCAAUCAAAAUACCGCCGCCGAGCCUGAUCAGACUGGCGCCGUCAGUGCGACCUCGGUGCAAGGUGAUGUUGAAUUCGUCUCGCCCGUUACGAUUGGUGGCCAAACUAUUACCAUGGACUUUGAUACCGGAUCGGCUGAUAUGUGGGUCUUCAACUCGGAACUCCCAUCAUCCAUGACCCAGAACCGCACAGUCUACGACCCCAGUAAGUCCAGCACCUACAAGAAAGUCGACGGCGGCACUUUCAAAAUCAGCUACGGCGACUCCUCAUCUGCAUCCGGCGGUCUCGCCCAAGACACCGUCGACAUCGGCGGCGCAACCGUCACAAGCCAAACCUUCGGUCUCCCAACAACCGUCUCCUCCUCCUUCGUCGAAGACACCAAUUCCAACGGCCUAGUCGGUCUUGGUUUCUCCUCAAUCAACACCUUCGACCCAGGCCCGCAAAAGACCUUCUUCGACAACAUCGCCUCCGACCUCGAGGAGCCCGUGUUAACAGCCCGCCUGCGCAGCGAUGGAGUGGGCGAGUACGAAUUUGGCAAAGUCGAUUCCAGCAAGUAUACCGGCUCCCUGGUGAAUGUCAGCGUUGACUCGUCUGCCGGAUUUUGGCAGUUCGACGCGGGUUAUUUCGCUGUUGGGAGUGGGUCUUUGCAGAAGGUUACUCAGGUGCCCAAGGCUAUUGCUGAUACUGGCACUUCGCUUAUGCUGGUGAGCCCGGAGGUUGUCACGGCUUAUUAUAAGGAGGUUGAGAACGCGGCGUACUCCAGUAGUGUGAGCGGUUGGAUUUACCCCUGCUCGGCCAGUCUCCCUAGUUUGACUGUUGCGCUGGGUGAUAAGUACCAGGCUACUAUUCCCGGCUCGUUGGUGAGCUUUGCGGAGGUUGGGAAGAAUACGACGACUGGUGAAACUGUGUGCUACGGCGGUAUCCAGUCGAAUCAGGGCUCGAGUCUGCAGAUCUUUGGUGAUGUGUUCCUCAAGGCUCUGUUCGUUGUUUUCGACCAGCGAGGUCCGUCUUUGGGCUUUGCGUCGCCUUCAUGA